AUGCCCCUUCUUCUCCUUCCGCCCUCUCCCCUCCACCCCCACUACCCUACCCUUUGCUCGCCUACCCUCCGUCCCAGCCCCUUCCACUCCUUGUCCGGCGUAGGUCCCCGGGCCAUGUCGGUCACUACCUUGUCCUCUUCCUACAUGUCCAAGGAAUCCACCGUCGUCGAGGAGGCAGGUCCUUCCACAGCCCUCAGCGAACCCCCCGAUGGCGGUAUUCGUGCUUGGUCUACGGUCGCAGGCGCAUGGAUGGUCCAAUUCUCGACUUUUGGGUUUGUGAUACCGUUUCCCUGUUCGCGCCUUUCCUCACACACCGUCUCCGUAGAUACAUCAGUGCAUUUGGCGUCUACCAAGACUAUUAUACAACCCAAUUUCUCACCCAACAAACCUCUUCCAACAUCAGGUGCGGUUCCUGCUCAGUCGAAUGUCGAUACUCUCAUCUUAUCGCCUGCGCGUAGCUGGAUUGGAAGUUUGCAACUCUGUCUCAUGUAUGCUCCUGGCGUCCUAGUAGGAAGAGCAUUCGACGCCGGUUACUUCCAUCACCUCGAGAUAUUUGGUUCCCUUCUCUACGUCUUCUGCAUAUUCAUGCUAUCUCUUGCCAAGCCGCAGCAAUACUACCAAGUCUUCCUCUCCCAGGCUGUGGGCAUGGGCAUUGGGCUCGGCAUGACAUUUCUGCCGUCUUUGAGCAUUGUUUCGCAGCACUUCAAGAAACGGCGAGCUCUCGCUAUCGGUAUCGUUGUGAGCGGCUCCUCCGCCGGCGGUAUCGUCUUUCCCAUCAUGCUGAACUAUCUCUUCCUGUCAUCUCGUGUAAAUUUCGCGACUGCGGUGCGUGCCAGCGGUGCUGUUGUGGGCGGAUUGCUUCUGGUUGGAAACUGCCUGAUGCGGACUCGCCCGCUUGUGAAGAGUGGGACCGCCCGGGUGAAGUGGGUGGAAAUGAAGGACACCAUAUGGGACGGAGCAUACCUAUGGUCCAUCGCAGGGGCCUUCUUCACUAGUCUAGGCGUAUACGUACCUCUCUUCUAUCUGCAAUUAUUUGCCUCCGAUCAUGGGGUGGACGCCCGCAUCACGACCUACUGUCUAGCAAUCAUGAACGCGGGGAGUAUACUGGGACGCCUCAUCCCUCCCUUUCUGGCCGAUCGACUCGGAGUCUACAAUAUGCUCCUGCCAUCUAUCUUCAUGUGUGCCGCUCUGAUAUUCAGCAUGUUCGGCGCGACUACUUCCGCGGGUGUCAUUCUCGUUGGCUUACUAUUUGGGUUCUCAUCGGGAGCAUACAUCUCCCUCAUACCGUCUUUACUCGUCUCGUUAUGCAAUAAUAUGGGGGAGCUCGGCAUCAAAAUGGGUUGUGCCUAUACAGUUGUUGCAGUAGCCAUGCUCACCGGGAACCCCAUUGCUGGUGCCCUCCUUGGUCAAGGGCACGGAAACUCACAGUCGCUCACAUGGUGGCCAGCACUCGUGUUUACUGGGCUAUGUGCUCUUCUGGGUUUGCUAUUCGUGUUCAUCUCAAGGGCACUAUUUGUUGUACGAAAAGGCCGACAGCGAGUCUAG